AUGUGCUCCAGACAGACCUCCGGAGGCUGCCAUGAAACAUCCUCCCAGUCCAGCGGAUGCCACAGCGGGGGCUCCUGCUGCCACGGGGGCAGCUCCUCCAGCUACCAGGCACAGGGCUCCUCCUGCUGUGGCGGCUCAGGCUCGGGCAGCUACGGCGGGGGCAGCGGGGGCUCUGGCAAGAUCAUUGUCACCUCUGGCGGAGGAGGAGGAGGCUCAUCAGGCUGCUGCAGUGGGGGAUCCAGUGGUGGGUCUUCAGGAGCAAAGAUCAUAAUUGGAGGUGGAGGUAGUGGGGGAUCCUCUGGAUGCUGCAGUGGAGGAUCCGGUGGUGGGUAUUCCGGAUCAAAGAGCAUAAUUGGAGGUGGAGGUAGUGGGGGAUCAUCCGGAUGCUGCAGUGGGGGAUCCGGAUCCCGCUAUGGCAUGGGAGGAGGAUCCAGCGGUGGGUAUUCCGGAUCAAAGAGCAUAAUUGGAGGUGGAGGUAGUGGGGGAUCCUCUGGAUGCUGCAGUGGCGGAUCCAGUGGUGGGUCUUCAGGAGCAAAGAUCAUAAUUGGAGGUGGAAGCAGUGGAGGGUCAUCAGGCUGCUGCUCUGGGAGCUCCUCAGGCUACGGCAUGGGAGGAGGGUACAGCAGUGGCAGUGGGGGCUCAGGCCAGAAGAUCAUUGUGAGCUCAGGUGGUGGGGGAGGUGGCUCAUCCGGGUGCUGCAGUGGGGGAUCCAGUGGUGGGUCUUCAGGAGGCAAGAUCAUAAUUGGAGGUGGAGGUAGUGGGGAAUCCUCUGGAUGCUGCAGUGGGGGAUCCAGUGGUGGCAGUGGCGGUUCCUCGGGCCACACAAUCAUCAUCAGCUCUGGAGACGGCAGCGGAGGGUCCUGCCAGUCCACACAGCAGAAAUGCCCUAUUGUCAUUCCCAACAUCGGGUGCCAUCAGACCAAGCAGGCCUGCCACUGGCCCUCCAGCCACCAGAAGUAA